AUCCAGGUUAUCAUCUCAAGUCAUAUCUGAGCGAUUUUAACAAGAACUCUACAUUUUAUGUUUUAACUCAACUCAGGUGACAUCUGUGGGAUUGUUGGCAUACGAAGUGUUAUGAGCAAACACUGGCAAAAACUAAAAAGUAAAUAUGUGUCUCAUUAGAGCCCGAGCACUGAAACCGCGAACGCAACCACAUCCUCAGCUGUCGAAACGGCCAACAUCGGCUGUGCCGCGAGGAAGCGCUGUGAUUGGUCAGAAACAUCACCUCACUGCGGGUCUCAUUGACUGACGUAGCUCUGUUCUGUUAAAUUGUUAAAACAUUCAAUAAAGUAAUUUUCGUUUUAAUUUGAACCGUGGUUACAUGUAUAAUCUACUUUUUCAUAAACGCACACAUUACAUUUGAGAUAUUUAAUACCUGUUUAUAUCUUUGACCGUUGCAGAGAUCGAUGAGUUUGGCCCUAUCCCAACUGUACGCUGAUUGGUCAAUUGGCAAACGUCAUCAUUACGUCAUAGCUUUGGCGGAGUCAGGAUCGAGAUGCGCGUACUUUUCUUUGAGUUUUAUACGUUUUGCUUCGCGGACAGAGAACAGGGCUGAACACCACACUGUAAUGCAGCCGCUAUAUGUUAUAUUCCGUCGCUGACAGAACGCUCAUGUGCUCGUAAAGGCUGCCAGAUUAACAAAGAUUAUACCAGACCCGCCAAACCAUGAACUACGUGGGCCAGCUGGCAGGCCAGGUGUUUGUUCAGGUCAAAGAGCUGUACCGAGGUCUGAAUCCUGCAACCCUGUCCGGCUGCAUCGACGUCAUCGUCGUGAAACAGCCUGAUGGCUCUUUGCAGUGCUCACCCUUCCAUGUUCGCUUCGGCAAAAUGGGCGUUCUCCGUUCCAAGGAGAAAGUGGUGGACAUGGAAAUAAAUGGAGAUCCUGUGGAUCUGCACAUGAAGCUCGGAGACAACGGAGAAGCUUUUUUUGUGCAGGAAACAGAAGGUGAUCAGGAGAUUGUUCCAUCCUACUUGGCUACCUCACCCAUCUUAUCCGACGGGCCCAUUCUUAAGAGCUCCUCCUCGAAAAACUCUGGGCCACCGAUUCAAACCCUGGGCUCCAUGGGAAGCAAUGCAGAGAACAGUAGCAUGAAGAAGAGGAGGAAGAGGAGGAGGAAGUGUCGGGCAGACAGUACAAGGAGGGAAGGCAGCGGGGACUAUUCUGCAGAUGAAGACAUGUUUGCCAUUGACAUCAGCUCAGAUGAGAGCACGGAAAAGGAGAACAGAUCUUCAUCCCGAGAUGUCCUGAGAGAGGAGACAACUGCUGCUUCAAGCAGCUGUUCUUUCAAACAGAAUGGGGUCUACACUCGAUCAGAUGGGGAGUGGAGCCCCUUUAACAGCCCCAGUAGCUCUCGCCCCACAUCUCCUAAGAGUGACUCUGAAUUAAUCACCAACUCAGCUGACAGUCAGAACCCAGCCAUGCACUGGGCAUGGGGAGAGCUUCCUCAAGCUGCCACGCCUUUCUUCCUUCCGCUGAAAUCCGAUCCUCCUGCAGUUUGUCCCGUUUCCAUCCCCGUAUCAGAGAACACCCACUUCCGUGUGAUUCUGCCAGAGGUGUCUUUAGGGCAGUGUGGGGGCUGCUGUCAAAGACCAGCUCUUCAGCAGCAAUGUGAAAAGAGCACAGUCAAAGAGGAGGAAGUUGUGGUCACAGCAGGAAAUGAGCCGGAAUCAGUGAGGAUGGAGGCUCAGGCGGUAUCUUCAGAGACAGCCAGUGGUUUAGUGACAGCCGACGCAGAGGAAACAGCGUCUCUUAUACCUGGCAAGGUAGACUCUCCAUCCAAGAAAAAAGACAAAAGGAGCCGCCAUCUUGGCUCUGAUGGAAUAUACCUGGAUGACAUCACAGAGCUGGAACCGGAAGUAGCUGCCCUUUAUUUUCCCAAGAGUGACAGCGGUUCUACCAUGAGAAGCAUCUCUGACCCGGGGCUUCGCAGCAACAGCCUGUCACCACAGUCGCUGAGCUCUGGAGGAGACAGCGGAGUGGACAGCUACACUGACCCCACGUCUGACCUGACAUCCGUCAGUAUCUCUCUCUGUGGGGGGCUCACCAACAGCAAGGAGAUCACCAAAGAGCAGUUUGAAGAGAAGAUUAUCUCCUAUCAACAGUUCUUGGAAAAUCCGAGCAUCAUUGACGACCCCAAUCUGGUUGUGAGGAUUGGAACAAAGUACUUUAACUGGAGCACUGCGGCUCCACUUGUGCUGGCUCUGCAGGCCUUCCAGAAACCCCUGCCAAAGGCUGCAGUGGAAAAAAUCAUGAAGGAGAAGAUGCCCAAAAAAGGAGGGAGGUGGUGGUUCUCGUGGAGGGGCAGAAACAACACCACUCAAGCAGAUUCAAAGGAUGGCAAUGGGGCCUGCAGCUCUGCAGAGCAAGCAGGGAAAACUAAAAACAGGCAUAAAGAAGAGACAUCAUCCAGCGAUGAAGACCUCCUUGCAGCCAAGCAGAACCUUCCCAUCGUGCAAUCGGAACCAGGGCUCCCUUUAGGAGGCGUGUCUUACAAAAAAACACUCCGGCUCACAUCAGAGCAGCUGCACUCAUUACAGUUACAGGAUGGCCCAAAUGAUGUUGUUUUUAGUGUGACCACUCAGUACCAGGGAACCUGCCGCUGCCAGGGAACGAUUUACCUCUGGAACUGGGAUGACAAAAUAAUCAUCUCUGACAUCGAUGGAACCAUCACCAGGUCGGAUACGCUGGGUCACAUUCUGCCCACACUGGGGAAAGACUGGACACACCAGGGAAUAGCACACCUCUACCACAAAGUUAGCCAAAAUGGCUACAAGUUCCUGUACUGUUCAGCUCGAGCAAUAGGCAUGGCUGACAUGACCAGAGGUUACCUAAACUGGGUCAACGAGAGGGGCACCAUGCUUCCUAUGGGUCCCGUCCUCCUGAGUCCCAGCAGCCUUUUUUCAGCUCUGCAUCGGGAGGUUAUAGAGAAAAAGCCAGAGAAAUUUAAGGUGGAGUGUCUGACCGACAUCAAGAACCUCUUCUACCCAAACACACAGCCUUUCUAUGCUGCAUUCGGCAACAGACCAACGGACGUAUACUCCUACAAAGAAGUAGGUGUACCGCUAAACAGGAUUUUUACAGUGAACCCUAAAGGAGAGCUGGUGCAGGAACACGCUAAGACCAACAUUUCAUCGUAUGCCCGUCUGGGAGAAGUGGUUGACCACGUCUUUCCUCCCGAGAUGCAGUCCACCUCCUCAGACUUUCCCUGCUGGGACACUUUCAGCCACUUUACUUUCUGGAGGGAGCAGCUCCCUCCAGUGGACCAUCAGGAUUCAACCCCUCAGCAGACUUCUGCUCAGCAGCUGCAGAUGAGCGGACAGUGAUGUGUGUCACAUUGCUGUGAAUUCUUAGAGAAAACUGAGCACUUUGUACACAGCAAAAUCAACUUAGUAUCUGCUGUGAAUAGUCUUAAGGCACAAGAUGCGUAUAAAUGCACAUUUCUUCAAGGAUCGUGUGACUAGAUGUAUAUUCAGGCAGCUUGGCAGAUACUUUUAGAGGGAGAGUUUGCAAUAUUCUCUAUUUAUGUAGCUAGUUAUUAUUUUCAAAAACCCCAAUAUGCUAAUAUUUUCUUAUUGUGAACUGUUUGAGGAAGAUGCAACUUGCAGAUUAUACAGAUUCCUGUGCGAAUUCCAAUUUUUUUGUGUGAGAUUAUUUAAAGUGUUUUGGUAAAUGUGAGAAAUAUAACCUAUUGGACUGUUUCAUGAAAAACAGGGAGGUGGAAGCUGUUUCCAGCUUUAAUAAGUCUGAAAAAAAAAUCCUCAGAAAGUAGUAUUAUCUGUGCAAAAACUGCUAAAUAAAUUUUUCAUCUUUUUGUCAAAAGGCAAGUGUUAAGAAUGUAUUUUAGCUUAGAUUUGUGUGGCUCCCAUCAUAUUGAUAAUCAUAAGCUAAAUAUCAGAAAAGGUAUUUUUAUUAUAAGUAGUAAUUUCACUGCCAGUAUGAGGUCACAUUGAGCGUGGAAGCAUGUCUAAAGUGUCAAGAACGGUAUCUGUUUUUGUUGUUUUAUGACCUCAAUGCUGCAGUAAAGUAAAAAAAAAAGUUUUUAGCAGAAGUUUUAGUCUUUCUAUGAAAGAAUCAAAACUACUGAAAGUUUGUUUUUUUGCCUCAACUGUAAAUCAGACCUGCUGUUGUUUCCUCUUUGACUCUUGGGGUGAAGUGGAGGCUUACAACUAAGUAAAGCAACUUUGCUGUUGUGCUCUG